GGGCAUUACUAGAACAGAAGAAGUCGCCAGCCGCAGUAAAACGACGACGAAGAAGUCACCUGUCGCGUCAUGUCAUCAUAAGACCACCAAGGUUAUUCCGAAGGUACACGAGACAAUUAUGAAGAGCGUUUGACAGAAGUAAAGUCCUCUCUUAUGCCGGUCGCGAUGAGGGUCUCCUGUUUACUGUCCGCCACUGCUCGAACCUUCAGUCUGUCGUGUCCUGCAGCCGGUCUGCUCUGCUGUAGGCUGCUGGGCCCCAGCUCUGUCGUGAGUAGAAGAAAUAUGUCCUCCAAAAGGCAAAUGGACCACCUAGAGAGGACCUCGAACAACUACAGACAAAAUACUCUGUAUCCAGCACAAGUAUGUGGAAUUAUAAACGAGUCAGAGACGGUAAAAAGACUGAGAAUAGCCGUGCAUCCAAACUUCACCUUCAAAGCAGGCCAGUGGGUGGAUUUCUUUAUCCCUGAUGUGGAGAAGGUUGGAGGCUUCUCCAUGUGCUCCAGCCCAGGUCUGCUGCAGAGGGAGGGAGUUGUUGAACUGGCUGUCAAAUAUGCCAAACACCCACCAGCCCACUGGGUCCACACUACAUGUACAGUGGGCUCCAGAGUGGCCAUGCGUGUCGGCGGGGAAUUCUUCUUUGACCCAUCGCCAUCUGAACCCUCUGUGGAUUUGCUGCUGGUGGCUGGAGGUGUAGGGAUCAAUCCCUUGUAUUCAAUUAUGCUGCACACAGCAGAUCUGCUGCGUCUCAAUCGAGCUUCAGGUGGCCGGGAUUACAACAUAAGCUCCGCCCACCUCUGUUACAGUGCCAAGAACACCCAAGAGCUGCUGUUCAAGAAUUCUAUCAUUGAGGUGUGCCAAGAGUUUCCUGACAAGUUCUCCUGUGACUUCCAUGUCACGCAGCAGAGCACAGACGUCGACCUGCAACUCCUGCCGUUUGUCAACCAUGGGAGACUCACAGAGGAGGUGUUGCGGAAACACGUGGACCCACAAAAAACUCUGUGUUACUUGUGUGGACCCCCGCCGAUGAUUGAAUCAAUUUCAAAAACCCUCAUGGACCUCAGCCUCCCCAAAGAUAGGAUCUUCUUCGAGAAGUGGUGGUAGGGGCCCUCCUACAGCUCCCAGAAACCAAUUCCUGCCUUUUGUUGUCAUCAGUGGGGAAGGUGUACAUCUGGGAGAAUGGAAAGCAAGUGAAAUGUCCCAGUGAUCUGGAUUUCAGUAUGUUUGUGUAGAUGAGGAAACUCAUCCUCUGAUCCCUGCCACAGCAACCCGUGCUUGAUUUGCGAUAGACCGCUGGGACUGCCCACGCCUCAGCUAGCAGCUGACACAC